AUGAACCGGGCAAAAAGAUUCAAACUUUUCGGAAAUCUGAGACGGGAGAGAUCAAGGCCGGCGCAAGUUCUGAGUAUUGGCGCAAGAGACGGCAGCGGCGGAGGAGGCAGUGGUGGUUGUGAACGGAUAAGGCGGAGAAGACACCUGAAUCCUAGGAGCUUGAUGGAUGGAGGCGGCUUUGAGUUACAAACGCUCUCACAUCUUUAUUCGCAGAGUUUGCACAAAGUCGACCAUCAAGGUGCAGAGUUCAUGAGCGACAUUAAGACAUUGGCUCAAGUCACUCAUUUGAGUUUGGUCAAAUACUAUGGUUAUUUGGUUCACAACGACGAGAAGCUUGUGGCUGUGGAGUAUGUUCCCAAUGGAAAUCUCAGAGAUCACUUGGAUUGUAAGGAUGGAAAGACUCUCGACAUGGCAACUCGACUAGAUAUCGCAACCGAUAUUGCUCAUGCCAUAACUUAUCUUCACAUGUAUACACAGCCACCUCUCAUCCACAGAGACAUUAAAUCAUCAAACAUUCUACUCACUGACAGCUUUAGAGCCAAGGUUGUUCAUUUGUGGUUCGCCAGAUUAGCUCCAGAUACUGAAUCACAAGCCACUCAUGUCUCCACACAAGACAAAGGAACCGCUGGUUACUAA